AUGUGACCUACAGGAAGCAUGGAGAGUGGAGUCAUGUGACAGAAAGAGCUCUGUUAUUGUACUGAUGCUUGGUCUCGGUGUAGCAGGAAGGUCGACCUUGGUUAGUGUAACUCGCAAUGGCCACUGGAAAAACAAAGUCUAUGGAACCUGAUGUUACCUUCUGCAAAACAUCUGGCGAGCGAGCCAUCCACUCUCCUGGACUUUUCAGUCUCGCUGUAUUCACGUGUGUUUCUGCAGUAUAUCUUAAAACAUUGCAUCCAUCCGUACCUGGUGGGGACUCAGGGGAGCUGAUCACAGCCGCCUAUGAGCUUGGAGUUGCCCACCCUCCUGGUUACCCUCUGUUUACCUUGCUGGCCAAAUUGGUCAUGAUAUUUGUACCAUGGGGUAGUAUCGCCUACCGUGUGAAUCUUCUGUGUGGUCUUUUUGGAGCAAUUGCAUCAUCUCUCUUGUUUCACACAACAUCCAGGCUUUCUGGCUCAUAUGCGGCAGGAAUCCUUGCUUCAGGGUUGUUUUCAUUUUCCCGUCUAACAUGGCAGUGGUCCAUUGCAGCUGAGGUUUUUAGUCUCAACAAUAUGUUUGUGGCGCUUCUCAUGGCUCUCACCGUGGAGUUUGGAAAAGGGAAAAAUGCUAGGGAAAGAUCAAAGAUUUCGCAAAUUGGGGCCUUUGUGUCGGGACUCAGUCUGUGCAAUCAGCACACCGUUGUCCUAUAUGUUAUCUGCAUUGUUUUCUGGGUCCUUUUUCAUCAGUUCAAACGAAAGGAGUUGUCUUUGAGCUAUGUUUUGAAGUCGGGAACAUUCUUUCUCAUGGGCUUAGUACCGUAUUUUUACCUAAUUGUCUCGUCAAGGAUCAAUCAGGCUCGAUGGACUUGGGGAGACCAGACGACGAUUCAAGGAUUCUUUACUCAUUUACUUCGAGAGGAAUAUGGAACGUUCAGUCUGGCAAAAUCCGAAACAGGACCCAAUAUGGCUGAAAUGUUAAUUUUUCAAAUAAAUCAUAUGGCUACAGAAAUUUCUCUGCUGGCGCAGGGUCUUGCCAUCCUUGCCCUGUUGCUUUGCUUUGUAUCAAGCGACUCCAGUGUUUCCGUGGUUUGCUUAUUCACCAAAAUGUUACUUUGUUAUUCAUUAUUCUUUGCCUGGAGGGCAAAUUUGGAUAUCACCAAACCACUUUUCCUGGGUGUGGUGGAGAGAUUUUGGAUGCAAAGCAACAUUGUCGUUUGUGUUUUGGCUGGCCUUGGGCUUUCCUUGUUGACUGGCUCUUUGAAAACCAAAACCAACUACAGUCAACUGGUCCAUUACUUAGAAUGGAUUUUUACUAUUGCAGUCACUGCUUUGCACAUUAGUGCUAAUUACAGAUAUUGUGAUCAAAGCAACAAUUAUGUGGUUGAUAACUUUGCAAGGAAUAUUUUGUCUUCGUUGCCAAAUAACACACUGCUUUUGCUGAGGGGCGAUCUGCCGGGCAAUUCAUUGCGAUAUCUUCACUAUUGCGAAGGACUCCGUCCUGACAUAGCCCUAGUGGACCAAGAGAUGAUGACAUAUGAUUGGUAUUUACCAAAGAUUGCAAAGCAUAUACCAAAUGUCUAUUUCCCUGGGAACCGAUGGAAUCCAGUAGAAACAAAACUUCCAGGUGGAACAGUCACAUUUAACCUUCAGCACUUUCUCAAAGUAAAUGAACAUAGGGAGACGUUUGUUUGCAUAGGAUUACAUGAAGGAGAUCAAACCUGGAAAAGGAGCCAUACGCUGUGGCCUUGGGGAUCUUGUGAGAAACUUGUCCCCAAAAACAUUGUUUUCGAUGCUGAAGAAUGGAUCCGCCUUACUGGAAAUUUGUAUAACUGGACAGAGAAACAUGGCAGUUUUGACCCUUCAACCUGGGAAGCUGUGGCAAAUGAUGAGAUGUGGGAAGCAAGAACUAAAACAGCGUUCUUUAUCUUUGAACUUGCCGAAACAGUCCAAGUGUCUCCACCUGUCAGAGAUCAGCUGUAUUUCUAUGCUUAUAAGUUAUACAAAGAUGUUAUAAAUACUUAUGAUAAUCAUCCAGUAAACUGGCACAAAAACUAUGCCAUUGCUUGUGAACGAAUGUUACGCCAACAAAGAACAGACAUUGAUAUUGAAAUUCUUCUAAUUGAGACAAUCAAACACUUUGGCAAAUACAGUAGAAAAGCGAAGGAAGACAAUCAGAGGGAGGCGAUAAUUCAGGCAGUGAAAUACCUGAAAGAUGAAUUACUCCGACUAAGAGAAAUUAAAAGAAGUGCAAAAGACAACAAUGCUUAAUGGUAUAUAUUUUUUUCUUCUUUUGAAGCACAAGGUCCAUAUCUGUGAAGCUAUGAAUUGUCCAAAAUCCUUAAAGCCAAUUAUUGGCUCAGGUGUUUUGCCAAAAUAUCGCAUGAAAGACA